AUGCCUCUCAAUGAGAGUAAGACGAUGCAGCAAUUCGUCAACAGCCGUACAUCCGCGGUUCAGCCAACACGACCAGAUAAGCGACCUCUGACGCCGCAGCUCAACUCGGGCCGUGAACGAUCUCUGCAGCGUCAGGACGACUCCCGCCGCAAGCCCCAAUCCGCCAGCCACAUCAAACAAACCAAUGUACCCCUCAGCCGAGAAGAAGCAGCCAAGUUGAAGAUAGACGUCCCUAGUACACAGCCAAAGUCAAAGCUCGCACAAGUUACCGAAUCGAAUGCCACCCAACGUCCAGCCGCACCUCCUCAUACAAACUUUACGGAACGAGUGUCAGAAAUGGCUUCGCGGCCCAGUGCGUUUGACGAUACUCAGAGCAUACACUAUGACGACUCACUGAGCGUGACCGACGAUCGAAGUGUACCCAUACAUAUUCCUCUCUCCUACGGCCAAGGUCGGAACAGUCCACGUCUGCGCAGUGCUGGCCCGCCCAUUCCUUCCUAUCCCACCGUCCAACGAGAGACGGUAAAUGCGUCUGAGGAAGAUGAGUGGGGAAUGGAACAACCCCCAGACUGGAUGGCUGAGGUUGACGCCGAAAGGGAACGCCAUGGUAUGGCCCCAAAAUAUCGUACGCGCUUCAACCGCGACGUCUACCCAGUGCAUCCUGCCGAUGAUGACUUCCAAGACGGGUCCGAACAAGAUGGCGAUGGUGAUGAAGGGACGUUCCUGAUUGAAAACACUCCUUCACGGACAAGGGUGAUCCCCGACCACACGACCGCUGUCAAGCCUCGCGCGGCCGAGGCUCUGAUGACGCCAGUCAAGGUCGAGGAAGCAGCAGACAAAUCUCUGCCCAGACACAGAAAGUCGCUAAGCGACGUCGUUCAGACGACCACCGCCGACCCUCCUCUCCGUCAACAACUCAUUCGUGACCGUUUCCAUGUACACAAGCCACAAGAACCAACAGCUGAAAUCGAACGAUCCGGGACUCCGCGACAGCAACUCCACGCUCCCCAGCCACGUCCACCGCAGGUGCAAGCAGCACCGUUCUCAUCCAAGGUCUCUUCUUACCACGAAUCCUCGUCGGAGGAGGAACAACCACUUCCACCACCUGUAUCUGAUUCUCCACGACCGGGCACCAAACGUCCACGUCCCGCCCGAGAUCUGGACUUCGACCCCGAAGAGCUCAGGAACAAGACCGUAGCCGAGCUCGACAGCAUCCCAUUUCCUACAGAUCCGCGCCUCCCCAGCACCUCACCCGCCAUGGAUAGCAACGGCCAACCCCUGAGCCUUCCCGCCAAACUCACGAAUCUGACGAAGAUGCGGCCCGAAGACCAAGCCACGCUGUUCAAAUCGCUGGACGACACAGAACGGGAACAGACAGCAGAAUGGUUCCUCGAAAAGUUCAGGGAAGACAUUGUCAAAUUGAUGGAGACAAGAGUCCAGCGGCGGAAGGUUGCAUUAAAGUUCGAAUUGGAAGUGAAGAAGAGGGAGCGGCAGGUCCGGGUGAAGAAAGGGGACGUCGAGGAGCAGCUGGCGGGCUUGAAGAAAGGAGGCAGCGAGUUGGUCAGGGGCAAGAGCCCUGCGAAGUGA